CAGAAAUAGCUAAGUUAUUGUUCAUAGAGUCAAGGAAAAAAAAGAACAACAAACCAAGCACCUGUGGGUUUCUCCCACAAAGGACAACCUGUGGGUUUCUCCUUCUACACGGCAGUUCAUACUGUGGCAGAGCCUGUGUGUGAGAGAGAGAAGAAUGGAGAAGUCCAGGAAAACAUUUAUUGGAUUGGUAGAUGAGGCAAUAGCAGCUGCCAACUCAAUGCGUCCUGAUGAACUGCUUUUUUCUCACAAGGGAAUUCUCUACCCUACCACUGUUUGCAGUCUUGAAACAUUCAAAGCCUUGGAAUCCUUUGAAGCCAGAAGGGAUGACGUAAUUUUGGCAGGAUAUCCUAAAUCCGGCACAAACUGGCUAAGUCAAAUCUUAACUGACCUGAUAGCCAUAUCUCAAAAGAAAACACCAGGUAGUGAAAGCAGUGUGAAUGCUGAAGAACCAGAAGAAUUCCCCUACCUCGAAGUUGGAGAUGCUGAAAAAUAUGAGCGAAUGAUCAAAUUACCUUCUCCAAGAUUUAUGGUUACUCAUCUCCGUCCUGAAAAUCUUCCCAAAUCUAUCUUCAAAAACAAUGCCAAGAUAUUAUUACUGAUUCGUAAUCCAAAAGAUGUUGCUACAUCUUUCUACCAUUUUUCCAAUGGCCUGCCUACUCUUCCCUCCUAUGAGACCUGGGAUGAUUUCUUCACAGAUUUCAUGACAAAGAAAAUGGCCUGGGGAUGCUACCUUGAAUACCUUUCUGAAUGGAACAAAUAUGCUGACAAAGAAAAUAUUAUGACAACAACUUAUGAAGAGAUAAAAGAGAAUCCUGCCCUGAGUGUGAAAAACAUAGCUACAUUCUUUGGAAUUACUCUGACUGAGGAACAGCUCCAGCUGGUGGUAGAGAGGAGCAGCUUCCAGUCUAUGAAGAAAAACUCAGACAAGACCCAUGGGUCAUUUGGCAAGGUUCUCUUUCGCAAAGGUGGUGUAAGUGACUGGAAGAAUCUUUUCAGUGAAGAUCAGAAUGUGAAGAUGGACAAAGCAUUUGAAGAACAUAUAGCAGGAACGACACUUGGGAAAAAGUUGAAGUAUGACUUAUACUGCAAAGUUUGAGUAGAAAUGAAAUGUGGUUACAUGUUAUGAGAGCAAGAACUGUGCAAGGCAGACUAAGAUCAUCUGAAUGCUGUACACUGGAAAACUAGAUCAAAUGAUCCAAGCACCUUAGAAUUACUCUAAGAGUCAUUGCAACAGCCUUUACAGUGACAGUGAUGAGUGAUGAGCCUUUUGUUUAAUGGUGAGAUCUUUGCUAUACUGAUUUGCUGAAGAAGAUGCCAACUAAUCAUAUUUACAAAAACUCAACAGCCCUGUUCCAGCUGUCACCUGGAAAGAAAUGCCCCUUUUCUUUCUAGACAAAUUCUAUCUUUGUAGACGAUUUCUAAUUAUUUAGUAUGCAGAUAAUUUUUUUCUUUAAAAAUGUUUGAAAUCAGGCAACAUCUUCAAAGAAAAUAUCACUAGCAAAAACAGGGAUAUGACAGAAGCCUAAUGUCAAAGGAGAUCUUCCAUGAAUUCAGCACAAACUAAAUCAAAACUAGAGGGAGAAGAUAGAAGGGGAAUAUGGAUCAGAGUUCUUAGGGCUUUUCAUCUCUCUGAAUGCAAAAUAUGAAGACAGAUUUCAGAUUUGGGAUGAUGUCAAUAGGCAAGAUUCUCUCAGAGGCACUGCUUUCUACACAAUCACAGAGCAGCCCAGGUUGGAAGAGACAUUGAAAAGUCAACCAGUACAACCUUUCAUGGGCAAGGGAGCCUGGAUGAGAUUCUAUCUAGAUAUCAUGUAUUGAAAACCUCCAGUUAUGAGGAUUCUACCACAUUCCUGGAGGUACUGUUACAGCAACAGGUUGUUCUUGCUGUAAAGAGCUUCAUCAAGAUUAAACCUCCCCUUUUGCAACUUGAAUCCACUGCCUCUUUCCUUCUCCAUGUGGUGUCUGGUGAAUAGGGAAUCUUUAUCCUCUUUGUAGCUGCCCUUUAAGUUCUGGAAACUGUGCUGAGGUUGUCCCUGAGCCUUCUCAGCUUUGUGGUCCUCCCUUGGAACACCUCUGCUUUGUUUGUGUCUUUCUUGAAAAUUCCUUUAUUGAGAUACUGGGGUUGUCAAGAGUGAUGAUGUGAAUCAUUGCUCUACCCAGCUCUCUUGUACUGCCAUUGGCAUUUGCCUCUCUAGACACAAUAUUUCAGAUUUUCCAAGGACCUGUUAUGGAAAAAAAAAUGAAGGAAAAAUAAGGUUCUGGUUUAAUUAAAACCAGGAAAAGCCCCACCCAAUUUAUAGAUCCAUCACCUGAGAAGAUAAGAUGCAAAAAUAAAAAACUGAGUCAGAAAGAAUGACCUAUUCAGACUUUUUUGUUUUAUCCUUCUAAAGCCUCUGUUAAUUCUGCCUUCACAUCAGUGGACAUGCAGAGUUUUGUAAGAAAAUAGGAAUGCUAGAAUUAAUACUUAGAUCAUUUAGAAAAUAAAUUAAUGAAUUCAAAAGCAGAGCAGCAGAAAGUCCUGUGACAAGGCAUCUUUGAACAACUGUAAGUUAUCUAUAAGCAACCAGAAAGGUUCCAGUUUCCUGGAGGAGAACAUACAUAUUAGCAGUGUUUAAAAACUUUGAAGGAUGAAUCACAAUAGAACAGUCACCUUAACUUGAUACAUAGGAAUGUAGUAGCAAAAAUGACAAAGCAACUGACCAUGGAACAUUUUGAAGAAAAUGAAAUAGUAAAUAAAAACUAUGUUAAAGA